AGGACAUGAGUUUAUCGAUCUUCUCUAAUAGCCACAAAUGAAACCUACCACCCUUUUUGUUGGUUCCUAAUAUAAAUUUUAAUUUUUAGAGACAAGAAUCCUAAUUAAUUUUAUAGAUAUCUCAAAAAAAAAACAAGGAGAAAUCAAAUGUCUCAAAACAACAACAACAAAGACAAAGAGGGGGGUGUUUUGAACAUAGCAUUUUAUCCAUGGUUUGCUCUUGGUCACCUUACUUCUUUUCUCCGAUUAGCCAACAAACUUGCCGAAAAGGGUCACAAUAUCUCAUUCUUUCUCCCUACUAAAACACAAUCAAAAUUUGCUUCUCAAAACCACUACCCAAACCACCUUAAAUUCAUGCCCAUCGACAUCCCUCAUGUCGAUGGGCUUCCACCCUGGGCCGAGACGACCAACGAUGUACCCGUCUCGGCCGUCUCCCUCAUUAUGACCGCCAUGGACUUGACCCGUGACACUAUCGAAUCCCACCUCACCCUUCUCAAACCCGACUUUGUUUUUUACGACUUUUCUUAUUGGAUGCCCGAGUUAUGUCGAAAACUCGGGAUCAAAUCCGUACACUACAUCACUGGAUUCAUAGCAAGAUAUGCUGGAUUAGCUUUCUCUGUUAAAGAAUAUCAAAAUUCUCCAGGAAAGGCUCAUCAAUGGCCAACACCACCUAAUCUUCCAUCCCAAAUAUUCCAAAUGCGGCCCCAUGAGGCCAAGAUUUUGGACCCUAUUGUUAAAAUUCGAUUGGGAUUAAAAGGUGUUUCGUAUGGGGAAAUGUUUUGUAUAUCGUUACGAGAAUGCGAUGCUAUUGCUGUCAAAACUUGCAAAGAGAUGGAACAGAUUUACUGUGAGUAUAUAGAGAACACCUUACAAAAGCCUGUUCUAUUAGCAGGUCCUGUAGUCCCCAAACCCCCAUCUUCCAAAUUAGUCGAUCAUCAUGCCACCUGGCUCAAUGGUUUUGAUGCUGCAACUGUAAUAUAUUGUGCACUUGGAAGUGAAUGUGCUCUUAGCCUUAACCAAUUUCAACACCUUCUUCUUGGUCUAGAGCUCACAGGUAAGCCAUUUUUAACAGCUUUGAAACCGCCAAAGGAAUAUGAAACAGUAGAAUCAGCUUUUCCAGAAGGAUUUGCGGAGAGAAUAAAAGGAAGAGGAAUCGUCCAAGGGGGUUGGGUACAGCAACAACUUAUCUUACAACAUCCUUCAGUAGGAUGUUUUAUAACUCAUUGUGGUGCUGCUUCUUUAUCAGAAGCUAUGGCAAGUCAAUGUCAAAUAGUGUUAAUGCCACAAGGUGUUGACCAGUUUACAAACGCAAAGCAAAUGAGCUUAGAGUUAAAGAUAGGGGUCGAAGUUGAGGCAAAAGAGGAUGAUGGUUUAUUCACUAAAGAGGCCAUUAAUAAGGCAAUUUCUCUUGUGAUGGAACAAGAUAGUCAAAUUGGGAGAGAAGUCAUGGUCAACCAUGCUAAAUGGAGAGAUUUCAUUUUAACGGAAGGUUUAGAGGAUUCUUAUAUCACUACCUUCAUUCAGAGUUUACAACACUUGCUUCCAUCAUUCUGAUUCAUUCAUUCAAAGCCUUUUAUGUUAUGUUAUGUUAUGUAUUCGAUCCCUAGCUAGCUUCAAACAUAUGUUAUCUUCUUUUUUUAUCAUAAUAAAAUUGUAACAACUUUAAUUAUUUGGACUACUACUUUACUUCUGAAUAUUCAGGCCCUGUUCUUUUA